CUCGAGACGAAGAUCACUUACUUCAUUCUUGACUAUCUCGGUUUGUUAGAAGGGAGAUCUGUAUUCUACCAUAUAAUUAUCGGAGACGGAAAAGCUCGCAUUCUAGUUCUCGCACGAGUGAAACGUUCCUCUUAUUGUCUAUUAUCUUGCGUGCUAGUAUGAGUGGUGCUUCCGGCAACAUUCCCUCCAAUCAGGAGGAAUGGGAAAACUUUGUCAAGCGCAGAAACCUCAAGGGAAAAACUGUCCACGCAGCCGAGCUGGCUUCUGGGUCCAAAAUUGGUUAUGAUCAAUAUUUGCUCCUUCGCGUUCUAUGGGUGGACCAUCGCUCAAAUUUAUCACUCCCCGAGGAAAUCAGUAAGUUACUUCCAAAGGCAGCCGAAAUGCUAGCAGGGUGUGAAUCGUGGAAAAAAUACCGUGGCAGUUUUGGUAAAACGGAAAAUCCAGAAGGAAGCUUUGCAGUGGCUCGCCAUUAUCAGCAGAUGGCUGCAGAUAGCAGAGAGAAGAUCCGACCCAAUAGCUUCGACACCCCGGUUGCGCGGCGUACCCGCAGCCAUUACUCUAAGGGCGCGCCGGAUAUAUCUACACUACAACUGAAUCCACCCAAGACCCCACCGGGAAAGCAAACCAAGUUGCCCGAGACACCUGUUCUAUCAACAUCUGACGAUGAUUGGAUUGCCGACGAUGACGAGUCUUCCCCCCAGGUUUCACCUAUUACCCCAGCUACCCAGGUCCCUGAAGAGCUCCAAAAGAUGAUGUACCCCCCGACAAAAGAUGAACAGAUUAUGAACAUUGCACUUGUAAUAUUUUUAAACGCGCUUACUAUUCACUUCACUGAUUGCAAGUCUUGCGUAUGGACGCUGCACCGGAAAGGUUUUCAUGCCAAUUUCACCCAGGCUAGCUUCGAAGCUCGGACGGAUGGUUAUCUGGAUGAUCUCCAGGAGAGCGCUUACGCUCUCAUUGAAGUUAAACCUGUUAUCAGAGGAAAUAGACAAAACCUUAUACAGAUGCAAGAGAGCGCCCAAAUGGUUGCCUGGCUUAUGAAUGACUCUGAGAAUAACGACAUUGACAAAGUGCAAGUCUCUCUUUUACCCCGAGACCUAUGAAUCAAUCUGAUAGUCUGUUGCAGGCGAAUCCAUGUUUCACAG